UUUUAAAUCGUCAUUGUUUUGGGUGUAGGUCGAGUGGGUUAUACCAAUAGUGCUGUGUCGCCACCUUGUGACAGGAAACGACCACUACUUCUGUGAUCCCAGUCUUUUUUCCCCCCCAACAUGGCAACCAGAUGGGGUAUCUGUAGCGCGGGGAAGAUCAGUCAUGAUUUCACCCUGGGCCUGAAAAGUCUUCCCGUUGAAGACCACCAGAUUGUAGCUGUGGCUGCUCGUAAACUGGAGGAUGCACAGGGGUUUGCCAAGAAGCACAGCAUCUCCCAAGCAUACGGCAGCUAUGAGGAGCUGGCCAAAGAUCCAAACAUAGAUGUGGUGUACAUCGGAGUUAUCCACCCCUACCAUCUGAAAACAUGUCUGCUCUUUACCAACGCCAAGAAGAAUGUGCUGUGUGAGAAGCCGCUGGCCAUGAACUCCAGGGAGGUGCGGGAGAUCCUGGCCUCUGCCAAGAAGAAUAACGUCUUCCUCAUGGAGGCCGUCUGGACUCGCUUUUUCCCAGCCUCUGUGGAGACCAGGCGGCUGCUGGCCCAGGGGGAGUUGGGCGAGGUGAAGAUGGUCAGGGCUGAGUUUGCCUUGCCAUUGAAGGGAGUACCGAGAACAUCGCAGAAGGAGCUGGGUGGAGGAGCAUUACUAGACGUUGGCAUCUACUGCCUACAGGUCAUACUGAUGGUGUACAACGGAGAGAAGCCAGAGUCUAUCCAUGCCGUGGGAUUCUGUCAGGACACAGGUGUGGAUGAGACUGUGAUCGUCACCAUGAAGUUCUCCAAGAACAGGAUGGCAGUGUUUACCUGCUCCCACGGUAUAGAGCUGCCCAAUGAUGUCAUUAUUGUGGGCACCAAGGGCAUCAUCCGGUUGCCUGACAAUAUGUGGUGCCCCACAUCAUUAUUUCUGAAUGGGAAGGAGACCAAGUAUCCUUUGCCAGAACCUUAUUUGCCUGAGAGCUACUUGAACAGUACUGGACUGCGCUAUGAAGCAGAGGAGGUUCGACAGUGUUUGCUCAAAGGGCGGAAGGAGAGUGCAAUCAUGUCCCAUGCUGACUCUCUUCUGUUGGCUGAGGUGGAGGAUGAGAUCCGUAGGCAGAUUGGGGUGGUGUACCCCCAGGACUCCCAGUAAAUGUUAAACACAUACUGAGAUAGUCUGUAAGACAUCCAGUUUAUAAUGGAGAGUCAUUUGCUAAUGCUAUUCUUGCAGCACUUUAUAAUCAUACCCUAAUGAAAACAGCGCAAUAUACUGAAGGAGAGUUGUUUUUUAAGACAAAUUACAGUGAAUGUAUUCUGAUGAAAAGGCUUGAUGUACAGUUAUAUUGAACACACACAUUGUUUAGAUCGUUGAAACUGUUCAAUCUCUGCAGCAGAAAUCAACUAUAUUAAUACAAAUAUUUUUAUUCCAUGAAUUAAAAAUACAGUAAAAAUGAAUAGUACUGUAUUUAUGAAGUCUGAAGCUGAUACCUUAAAAGGAAAACUGUGGAACCUUUGAUCUAUGAAAUAAAUUUUUACAGCAGAUUUCA